AAUCAGAGUUGCUGCACAUGGGCCGUGUACUGAAGAGUCUCCGAUAGAAAAGAAUGAAGAUGAACAAUUUUCUGUACCUUUAUUGGUUUCCAUUUCAAACGGUUGCUGCAAAAAAUCCAUUUCAAACGGUUGCUGAAGAAAAAAUUAUAUUCGAAUCAUAGUCAUGGCAAACGGUAUAGAGAGCAGUUGUACAGAUAUUGUUAAAGAAGAUCAUGGGUUCAGAGUCAUUCUUGAAGGAUUGGAGAACACCAUGACAGCAAAGUUUCGCAAGAACUCACUCUGGUCUGGUAAGAGCUGCAUUUUCAGAGUUCCCGAAGUGCUUCGGAGGCAUAAACCAGAGGCAUAUAGACCUGAUGUUGUGUCAAUCGGUCCCUUUCACCGAGGCGGUAAAAAAUUUCGACCCAUAGAAGAUGUGAAACGAUGGUACUUACAGAACCUUCUCUCUCGCAUGAAUAUAAGCUUGAAAACCUUAAUGGAAGGCAUUGAUAAUAUUAUUGAGUUUGAGAAACGCGCCCGUGAAUUUUAUUCAGAACCCCCUCAUCUUAGCCGGGAUGACUUCAUAGAAAUGCUGAUACUUGAUGGUUGCUUUAUAGUAGAACUAUUUUGGAAGUAUUUUUGUUGGUCGUUUAUGCAUUUCUUGAAGACAGAUCUAGUUCCAGCUGAAGAACUCAAUAUUGAUAAUGACCCUAUAAUCAACAAGGACUGCAUGAUCCAAUAUAUUUACCAUGACCUUUUGCUACUAGAAAAUCAGGUACCUUGGUUUGUUCUCGAGUGUUUAUAUAACCUUACUCUGGACAAAUACUUCCCCUUUCCUCUUAAGAGAAUUGUGCUUGCUUCCUUUUGCAAGCAAGAAUCAUUGUCUUGUAUGUUGCAGUUCUAUCUUAGUCACCGUCAGGAUGAUGAUGAUCACGAUUAUGAUGCUGUUAGUGGUGAUGCUGACGACUUUGAUGGUGAGAUUUUGCACAUACUUGAUCUAGUAAGAACUGCCACAACUUUCCGAUUUAAGAAUAAACCAAUUCCCGGCUCAAAGGUAAAACUGUCUCCUGCAACAACUCUCUCAGAAUCGGGUAUUAAAUUUAGAAAGAGCACUGAUUCUGGCAUAAUUCCUUCAUUCCUCCACGAUUUUCUUUCUUGGCUUGGAGGAUUCUCUUAGAUCGCUUGCCCACUGAUGAUCGGCUGAAAAGAGGUGGGAUUCCGAUUGUGUCCAUCUGCCAAUUAUGCAACAGUUCGGCAGAGUCAGCUUUACAUUUAUUUUUACACUGCCCUUUCUCCCAAUAUCUUUGGGGAUGGCUGGCAACUCAGUUUGGAACCUCAUUUCCUGCUUAUGACUCUCUGUUGGAUUUUUGGGUUGGCUUUUGUCACAAGAGUUUUUCCCCUCAGCUUUAUAAUUUGUGGUUGGCAGCUGGUUUGCUUACUUUCAUGGAAAUUUGGAAGGCGCGAAAUAGACUCAGGUUUGAUAAUCGUUCCCCUAUUUUUUCUACACUGUGUUGUUCAAUUAUGGCAUGGAUUCGGCAAUUUGGUUCUCUUGUUCCUGGUUACUAUAAAGGCGUCCUGGAUUCCCGACUUCUUUCUUCCCUUGGGGUGUGCCCCAAGCCUCGUAAAGCGCCCAAGAUUCAACGUGUCCUAUGGCAUCCCCCCCUCCCUCCUUGGGUUAAAGUUAACACUGAUGGUCUGGCGAAAGGUAAUCCUGGUCCUGCAGCUUGUGGAGGAGUUUUUCGCGAUGCUUCUGGGGUCUAUUUAGGGAGUUUUUGCCAACCUCUGGGUUGCAAUUCUUCCUUUUAUGCUGAACUUUAUGCUGUUAUUGUGUCUAUUGAAGUUGCUUUCACUAGAGGUUGGACUACUCUGUGGUUGGAAAGUGAUUCUAUUAGUGUUUUAGCAUCUCUCUCCUCCGAUUCUUUCUCUCCUCCAUGGGACUUGAGAGUUAGAUGGCAAAACUGCUUGAAGAACAUUCAACAAAUGCAAUUUCGUAGUACUCACAUUUUUAGGGAAGGGAAUGCAGCUGCAGAUAAGAUGGCAAACUUAGGUGUUUCAAAACACUCAUUUACCUGGUAUCCUAGACCUCCUGCAGAGCUUCACAGGUACUUGCAGGCGGAUUUUUUGGGACUCCCAAAUUAUCGCUUCACAGGUUGCUGAGAUGAUUAUGUUCGUCUGCCUUUCUUGCCCGCUCCUUCUCAGAGGCUUUCAUUCCCAGGAGGUCGUGCGCAAUGUUAGCUUCAUAUGCAUCUACAUGCAGGCGCAACCAAAAUUCUGGCAUAGUUCGUGUGUCCAGUUUUCACUUAUGUGGCUGAUUUUUUCUUCUUGUAGAUUUGUUCAUGAGGGGGAAGUUUCCCUCUCUUCUAUUUCGCUGUUAAUUUUGUUUUCUCCCUUGAACGAUGUAUUUUUCUUCUUUUUUAUUAAUAAAUUGAGUUGGGGGACGGGCGGUGGGUUCCCAGAGUGGGGCAGACCCUUCACCUUCGGGUUUGAGGGUGGGACUUGUGCCCUGCAUUGUCUGUCUCCGAGGAACUAAUAUCGCCUAAUCCCUUUCUCCUUAAAAAAAAAA